AGAGAUGGUUCCACAUCAGGUUCAGUCUCUGAAACACCCAAGAAAUCAUCAAAGAAGUCCAAGAAAUCCACUGAGAACAUGAACAAAGUCUACAACUCUGUGCUCAACAGUGUUUUUGGGGCGGAGCGAGAAUUAGCUCAGGCUGAGUUGGAUGAGUUGCAAGAGGCCUUCAAAGAGUUUGACUAUGAUCAAGAUGGGUACCUGAACUACAAGGAUGUGGCUGAAUGCAUGAGGACCAUGGGAUACAUGCCCACAGAAAUGGAGCUGCUAGAGAUAGUACAACAGAUCAAGAUGAGAAUGGGCGGGUUAAUGGAUUUUGAGGACUUUACUGAACUGAUGGGACCCAGGAUGAUGGGGGAGACUGCUCACAUGCUCGGACUCAAAGAGCUCCAGUCAGCCUUUGUGCAGUUUGACCUCGACGGAGACGGAAAGAUCAACCAGGAUGAGAUGAAAGAGGCAAUCAAGACGAUGCUGGGGGAGAAGCUGAAGAAAGGAGAACUGGAGGAGAUCUUAAAGGAACUGGACAUCAACUCAGAUGGAAGCAUUGACUUUGAAGAGUUUGUGAUGAUGCUCUCCAUUCGCUAGUUGCUGAGAAGACUGACCACAAGGACAAGAUACAGUAACACUUCUGAAUCAUUCCAUAGAUAGUUAAUACAACUAUGAAUGUAAUGCAGGUAUAGAC